AUGUCUGCAAGUAGUUCUAAGUUAACACGUAAAUCAAAGAAAAAAGCUGAAAAGGCUUAUGAAGCUGUUAAAGAUAUUUUAAAUCUGUAUAUCAACCAACAAGUCUGCUCCAUUAAUGAUAGUGGUAAUGAAAAUGGAAUUCUACAAUCACGUCAAUUAUUUUUGAAUUUAUGUGAUCCACAAUUAACGAAAACAACAAUUUCCAUCGAUGCUAUCGAUGCAGCUAUUAAAGAGUUAGAUGCUUAUCUAGGAAUGAGACUUUCUGAUCAAGAUACCAAACCGUUAACAUG